AUUUCCCUGAGCUACCCAGCCUGCAGCAGUUCUUGGUUUUGGCCAUAUUUGCUUCUCUGUUGGCUCCAUGAGUGGCAAGGAUGGGAAGAAAUGCUGGCAGUGCCCAUGCAAGUCUGCACUGUCUUCCAAGAUCAUGCUUCUCUGCAAGAGUGUUUUCUGUGCUGCAAUAUAGAAAUUAUUUCCAAUACUCUUUCCCAAAUGAUGACUGCAUCUCAAGUGCCCUUACCUAUGUCCUGCUGCUGAGACUUGCUAGCUGUUCCUGCCUGAGGCAGGAGAAACUCAACCAAAAGACCCAGAGACAACAAAAAACAUUUCCGGCCACGUGACUUUCAGCUUACAUCCCUGAAGUUCUGCGAAACCACAGGAGGCUGAGAGCUAAAGACCUAAAGGGAGGUACAGAGGCUGUGAGAGGAGAGGCAGCGAAAGUGUCAGAGUGCUAGGCAGGAGGACAGAGAGCUUCUGGCACGGGGGAGAGUAGGAAGCCAAGGGCCACAUCAGAGGUGACACAGGAGGACAGAGAAGCAGAGAAGCAAGACAGAGAGCAGGCACACCAAGAGCAUAAAGGAAGCUGAAGAGACCCUGGGAGCCAGAAGCAGCAGCUAUGCCCCACAGCUCUGACAGCAGUGAUUCCAGCAGCUUCAGCCAGUCUCCCCCUCCCAGCAAGCAGGACUCUUCUGAUGACAUGAGGAAAGUCCAAAGGAGGGAGAAGAAUCGCAUUGCUGCCCAGAAGAGCCGCCUGAGGCAGACCCAGAAAGCAGACACACUGCACUUGGAGAGUGAAGACUUAGAGAGACAGAAUGCUGCCCUGCGCCGGGAGAUCAAGCAGCUGACAGAGGAAAUGAAGCACUUCACCUCGAUGCUGAGCUCCCAUGAACCGUUCUGCUCCAUCCUGACAUCCCCUCCACCACCUCCAGAAGUGCUUUAUGCCACACACUCUUUUCACCAGCCCCACAUCAGCUCCCCACGCUUCCAGCAUUGAGCCAGCCAGGAGGACAGCAGCCUGCCAGCUCCACUGAUGGCAAGAAGUAACUUUGUGGGGCUUGCUUUCCCAUCCAAGGGAAGGAAUUGGACAGACAGACCUUCCUUCUUAAAGUAUGUAUUCUGAGUGAUUUGCCUAAGACUUGCUCCCUGUGCAGAAAUGGCAGAGCCACCACAAGGCAUCUUUGGACAGUUUCCAGCUUGGAUUCUGGGAGGAAGAGGCAGUCACAAAAGGGCACCAUCCCCCUUCUCUGGUCCUUGUCUGGGGAGACUCACGGGAGUGUGCAGCUCUGGCAGCCUCCAUAAGAGCAGCUGGCUGUGGCACACAACAGCCAGACCUCCAGGAAGAGGAAAGGGAGCAGGGGUGGAGGGGAAGGUUGGGGGCCACAGAGUGUCAGGACAAAACUGGUUUAUUUUUGUAAAAUAAAGAUUGAAAAUGCUUAACUCUUUGUUUCU